AUGAAUUCGAAAUCCCUGAUUCGAACGUCGUCCUCACAUCGCCUCAACCUGCAGGAACCAACUGUUACCCUAUUAUGCCACCGCUGUUCUUGCGAUAACGAAAGUGUCUGGUUAAUAUUAGCAGUGUUCUUUAUGGCUAUUUUACGUGUAGAACUCUGCCAAUUGCUCGUUCUACAGUCCUUUUUUUUCCCAUCACCUGUUAACCAGCCUUUACCGCUACCUCCAUACCCGGUUCUUCUUUCUUGGGUGUCUCCCGCCCAUCGUCUGAUGCACUGCAGUCGAUGUUACAGCUUUUUUUCUUUCCGUCACUUUUUUUUUUCUUUUCGUUGUGAAUUUUCUGUCUUAUUUGAAAAAAAUUUUCAGCCCCAUUCUUGGUUAAUUUUGUUUGUUUUUAUUUUCUGUUUUUUUUUUCCUGUUUUUUUUUCCUGUUUUUUUCCUGUUUUUUUUCCUGUUUUUUUUCUGUUUUUUUUUUCCUGUUCUUUUUUUUUCUGUACUUUUUUUUCUGUUCUUCUUUUUCCUGUUUUUUUUUUCCUGUUCUUUUUUUUUCUGUACUUUUUUUUCUGUUCUUUUUUUACCUGUUUUUUUUUUCUGUUCUUUUUUUUCCUGUUCUUUUUUUUCCUGUUCUUUUUUUUCCUGUUUUUUUUUUCCUGUUUUUUUUUCCUGUUUUUUUUUCCAGUCUUUUUUCUGUUCUUUUUUUUUCCUGUUCUUUUUUUUUUUUUUUCUGUUCUUUUUUUUCUGUUCUUUUUUUUCCUGUUUUUUUUUUCUUUUUUUUACUGUUCUUUUUUUUCUGUUCUUCUUUUUCCUGUUUUUUUUUUCUGUUCUUUUUUUUCUGUUCUUCUUUUUCCUGUUUUUUUUUCUGUUCUUUUUUUUUUUCCUGUUCUUUUUUUUCCUGUUUUUUUUUCCUGUUUUACUUCUGUUCUUUUUUUUUCCUGUUCUUUUUUUCUUUUUUUUUCUGUUUUUUUUUCUGUUCUUUUUUUCUGUUUUUUUUUCUUUUUUUUUCUGUUCUUUUUUUCCUGUUCUUUUUUUCCUGUAUUUUUUCUGUUCUUUUUUUCCAUGUUCUCAUUUUUUUUACUGUUUUUUUUUCCUGUAUUUUUUUCCUGUUUUUUUUCUUUUCUUUUUUUUCUGUUCUUUUUUUCCUGUUAUUUUUUUCCUGCUUUUUUUCUGUUCUUUUUUUUCCUGUUUUUUUGUUCCUGUUUUUUUUUCUGUUCUUAUUUUUUUCCUGUUCUUUUUUUCUGUCCUUUUUUUUCCUGUUCUCAUUUUUUUCCUGUUUUUUUCUGUUCCUGUUUUUUUCUGUCUUUUUUUUUUUUUUUAAACGUUUCUUCCGUAUUUUCUUUCUCUUUUUCUUUUGCUCCUUCUUUAUUUAAUACUGAUAUCUUUUCUUGGUUGUCCCCUUUCUUUCUCUUUCUCUCUCUCUCUCUCUCUCUCUCUCUCUCUCUCUCUCUCUCUCUCUCUCUCUGUGUCUUUGUUUGUUUCUUUCUUUUAUUACGCUUCCUUUGUUUUUUUAAUUUCUCUCUUUCUUUAUACCUUUCUUUCUAUUUCUUUUUCUUUCCUUUCCUACUUUUUUAUUUAGUUCCUUUUUAA